GUAAAAUGGCAGAAAGCCCCAAUGCAUGUCCUGGCUGGCUUUCAAGCCAAUUCUGUAUCAUUGCACAAGUCUUUCGCCCCUGAUCACGUAUUCGAAUCAAUGCACAAAGCUCUCGACAUUGGAGCUUCCUUCGCUGCAAGACCAACCACAGCACGCCCUGUCAGCCGCACUAGCACAAUUUACUUGACAACAUGGCGGACGAAGAUGACCGGGCCGAAAUCAUCGUUGGAGCCAUCGCGCUCGUGGUCUCCUGCGUAGCGCUUCUCCUGACUACCCUUCAGGUCUUGCAAACCUAUUUCGCUUCAGCAACUGGAUAUGCCAGAUGCGGCCCCAAGGUCAUGGGCGAUUGGGCAAAAUCAACACGCCGCAUACUCCGACCUUAUGAGCUACGCUUCGAGGUUCAAUUCGAGACACCUGUCAUCUUCCUCGCGCACCCAAACAACAAUCGCGGGCCAGUUCCGGACGAACCCAUCUGGUAUAUCGAUGGUACGCCAAAGAGCAGGAACGAGACCAGAAGUCUCCUGCCUGACGAGCAGAAGCAGAACGACGACAAGCUCUCGCGCAAAAAACGUAUCCAAGACAAUGAAAGAGCAAGCUGGGUUGUUUUGCUGGCAGCCUUACAACAAAUGGAGCACGACAGCGAGCAGUGGCAAUCACGCUUCUACACCGCGAGACCCGGCAACACGAAGCCACAAAAGUUUGCAGAACGGACGCUUGCUGUUGCAGUUCAGAAGAAGGUCAAAAGCUGGGAUACUAUGCCUGCAGCCAUGACCAAACCCUAUGCAACGACGACAAUGUGCCAUCUCAUCGAACUUGCUAGCGUGCUUGGUCUGCACUGGAGGGAAUUCAGCCGGUGUGAGAACAGAUACCGUGCGGAAGGCAAUGGCUUCAUACUCACAGGCUCGGUCGUCAACGAGCUCGGGCUGGUUUUCACAUUUCAGAAGACAGCUCGAACUCUGUUUGAGGAGGAGCGCGUGAUACCAAAUGAAGCCGUCAAGCAGUUCUGCUUUGGGGUCGUGCCCACCAUAUUCGGUGAGCCCGAGGACGAAACGGAGGACGUCUUCAGAUACCCAUUUGACGUACCCCAAAGUCUGGCUGCAAUCAAGCUCGGGAGCUCGCGCGAGGUUGCAGACACGCUGACCGUCAUGGGCUGCAACACAAACACAGUGGACUACCUCUUGAAAGACCACCAGAAAAUGGGCCAUCUCUUCCCAGUGGCAUUUGAAAUUCUCGGAAUGCUGAGCCGGACGUUGCAUGGCCACGGAUCUGGGUUUCGCAUGUUGCCCAAUCCAACCACAUACCGCUGGGAUAAGAAGUCGUUUUCUUUGUGGAAACUCCUCGAAGCGUUCGAGGACAGACUCGAGCAAGACGACAAUAUCACCAAUACGGAUCAGAUCCAGAAGAUUAAAAGAUCGCUCGAACACAUUAGCAAAGCCCGUGGUCCCGAGUUACCAUUGCGGACCGAGCUCACCGUACCACUUAUGGACACUUUGCAUGACGCCUUGGACUCUACUGAUAAAUAUCUCACGGGAGGUCCAAGGGAGUUCUUCGUCCUCGGAAUCCUUCGCUCGCACUUCCACGUGCUUCUUAGACACCUUAAUGACGCCAAGGAAAGGGAGAAUUUCGAUGCGCUCAAUAGCCUAGGCUUAGAAGACAAGCAGGGACGGCUCAUGGAGAUCUACUUCGACACUAUUCGGAAGGAAGUUGUCAAGAAGACACCGCAGCGGAUGCCCACCCUGUAUCGGCCGCAAACGGGGAAUGUUGUCAUGCCAGUUCCGCACACGGCAGACUCCACGACAGGCCCCGCCGGCUUUCAAGGGGGUCACGCAUCGGCCGACAGUGACAGUAUCACCAGUCUCGUACGCAAGCAAAGCGGAUUUACCGAGAAGAAUCGCGAAGAUCAGCUCAAUGAUAUCUGGUGUUCUUUUGUCUUUCGCAUGCUGUGCUGGCUGCUCCUACAUGACUUUCACAAAGAGGAUAUCCAACUGCCUAAAAGCGAACUCCUCGGCAGUCGUCUCCCAGUAUAUAUCGUUUGAGCAAUUGGUAGCAAGAAAGCCUGUAUCCUCCCAGAUAGCCUCUGACAAUCCAACAAGUGACUCCACG